AUGGUCGUCAACAACCUGCUGCUGGCUCUUGUGUGUUGUGCUCUUGGGUCGUCGCAAGUAGCACACCUGUCUUUGCACAAAACAAAGCAGCCACCCACUUUACCAGCGCCCGCAACAACUCCUGCUUCCACGGUCGUGACUACUGAAGCACCUUCUGCUAACGCCACAAUUACGGAAGAUUAUCAACUGACAAGAAAACCGCAGAUAGGCACGUGGACGGCAGGUGGCCAGAAGUCUUCCCUUGUGUCCACUUUCGGUCAGAAGACGCCUAAGGGCAGUGGAAGCAACUCAAGCGAGCCUCUGAGAAGCCCCUGGAGUGGCACCGGCGAGAGUUUUUGGCAAGUAUCUGGCUCCGGUCAGAGCGGCUCGGGCUGGUCAAGUUCAGCCAACGACACGGCUGGAAGCGGAUCUGGCUGGGGCUGGGGUUCCAGUGGCAAUGGUAGUCUCAAUGACUUAAAGGCUUGGGGUCAAGCAUCAGGAUUCGGACAGGGGAAUAAAUGGGGUGCUUUGGUGGUGGUCAAGGUUCUGGCUGGGGCAGCGGACAAGGCCAAGGCUCCGGACAAGGUGGUGGCCAGGGCAGUGGUCAAGGCGGAGGCUGGAGCGGUAGCAAAGGCUCUGGUCAAGGCUCUGCACAAGGCUGGGGCGGAGGUUGGGGCGGCGGCCAAGGCUCCGGCGAAGGUUCUGGACAAGGCGGAGGUUGGGGCGGCGGCCAAGGCUCAGGCCAAGGUUCUGGACAAGGCGGAGGUUGGGGCGGCGGCCAAGGCUCAGGCCAAGGUUCUGGACAAGGCGGAGGUUGGGGUGGCGGCCAAGGCUCCGGCCAAGGUUCUGGGCAAGGCGGAGGUUGGGGCGGCGGCCAAGGCUCCGGCCAAGGUUCUGGACAAGGCGGAGGUUGGGGCGGCGGCCAGGGCUCCGGCCAAGGUUUUGGACAAGGCGGAGGUUGGGGCGGCGGCCAGGGCUCCGGCCAAGGUUCUGGACAAGGCGGAGGUUGGGGCGGCGGCCAAGGCGGAGGUCAAGGUUCUGGACAAGGCGGAGGUUGGGGCGGCGGUCAAGGCUCCGGUCAAGGUUCUGGACAAGGCGGGGGCUGGGGUGGCGGCCAAGGCUCCGGCCAAGGUUCUGGACAAGGCUGGGGCGGCGGCCAAGGCUCCGGCCAAGGCUCCGGUCAAGGUGGAGGCUGGAGUGGAGGCCAAGGCCCUGGCCAAGGUUCCGGUCAAGGUGGAGGCUGGAGUGGAGGCCAAGGCUCUGGCCAAGGUUCCGGUCAAGGUGGAGGCUGGAGUGGAGGCCAAGGCUCUGGGCAAGGUUCCGGUCAAGGCGGAGGCUGGAGUGGAGGUGAAGGCUCUGGACAAGGCGGGGGCUGGGGCGGCGGCAAAGGCUCCGGUCAAGGCUCUGGACAAGGUGGGGGAUGGAGUGGUAUUCAAGGCUCUGUACAAGGCGGGGGCUGGAGUGGUAUUCAAGGCUCUGUACAAGGCGGGGGCUGGGGUGGCAUUCAAGGCUCUGGACAAGGCGGAAGCUGGGGUGGCAUUCAAGGCUCUGGACAAGGUGGAGGCUGGGGUGGCAUCCAAGGGUCCGGUCAAGGCUCUGGACAAGGCGGAGGCUGGGGUGGCAUCCAAGGCUCUGGACAAGGCGGUGGCUAGGGUGGCGGUCAAUGCUCCGGUCAAGGCUCUGGACAAGGCGGAGUCUGGGGGCAAAGAAUAG